AGAGAGAGAGAGAGAGAGAGAGAGAGACAGAGAGAGACGGAAGCCUAUAUAUAUAAAGCUAUAUAGCGAGAGAUAUUUAUACAGUAGAAAGUAGUAUACAAUAAUAUAUAUACACAGUUGAGUAUACCUAUCUAUAUCCAUCUGUCAACGUUUUGGAAUUUUGAGUGAGAUGGAGCUGCAGAACACAGUGAAAGAAGCCCUAAGUGCACUGUACCAUCAUCCAGACGACGCCGUUCGCAUGCAAGCCGAUCGCUGGCUCCAAGAUUUCCAGCGCACCAUCGACGCUUGGCAGGUGGCCGAUAAUUUGCUUCAUGAUCCUGUUAGCAAUCAAGAAACCUUAAUCUUCUGUUCUCAAACUCUCAGAAGCAAGGUGCAACGGGAUUUUGAAGAACUUCCUUCUGAAGCUUUUCGUCCACUGCGGGAUUCACUAAAUACCUUAUUAAAAUCAUUUCACAAGGGGCCUCCUAAAGUUAGAACUCAGAUUAGCCUUGCAGUGGCAGCCUUGGCUGUUCAUGUUGCAGCCGAAGACUGGGGAGAUGGUGGUAUUAUAAAUUGGAUAAGGGAAGGAAUGAAUUUUCAUCCUGAGUUUCUACCAAGUUUUCUGGAGCUUCUCAGAGUCUUGCCUGAGGAAGUGCUCAAUUACAAAAUAGCAGUUCGUCCUGAUAGACGACGUCAAUUUGAAAACGAACUUGCUUCAGGGAUGGAGAUGGCCCUUAAUGUCCUAACUGCUUGCUUGAAUAUUAACGAACUGACGGAGCAGAAAUACGUUGUAUCGGAUAUAUUAUCUUGCAUGUACUACUUUAUGUUGUUUACAUUUGCCGUUAAUCCCAACUCCAAGAUGGGAGAUCAAGUAUUUCAGGAAUUAGUUGCUGUUUAUUGCAUCAUCAUUUACAAAAUGUCUUUAAACACAGUGGACUCUGCCACAGAGAUGUUAAGUUAUUUUGUUGCAGUGAAAAACCAAUUUCUUUCCAAUUCCAUGGGGCUCAAUUAUAGAAGAAUGAUACUGACUAGUUUGGAAAAUUGGGAGAUCAGAACUUGUAGAUUAAGAUUAGAACUUAGCUGGGUUUACCUUAUUGUUUUCAGGAUCCCUGCAUCCACCCUCGCUUCACACCCAUUAGUGGUUACAGCUCUCUCAAGCUUGAGUGCUGAUAUACUCUCAGAGGCAUCAGUUAAUGUUAUUUCGGAAUUAAUACAUUACACAGCGGUGAGAAAUUUGGGUGAAGUUGCUUCUCAGAUGCCCUUAAUUCAAGUAAUUGUUCCUCGGGUUAUGAGUCAGAAAACACAGCUACUAGAUCCUUCAAAGGAUGAGGAGGAUGUGAAGGCAAUUGCUCGUUUAUUUGCGGAUAUGGGGGACGCAUAUGUUGAAUUGAUUGCAACUGGUUCUGAUGAGUCUAUGUUGAUUGUGCAUGCAUUACUCGAAGUUUGUUCCCAUCCAGAAUUUGAUAUUGCUUCCAUGACUUUUAACUUCUGGCAUAAUCUUCAAAUAAUAUUGACCGAAAGGGAUUCUUAUGUAGCAUACGGUAAUGAAGCAUCAAUAGAAGCGGAGAGAAGCUGCCGAUUGCAGGUUUUCCGGUCAUCCUAUGAAUCACUUGUUUCCUUGACUAGUGUCAAAGUUGAAUAUCCCCAGGAUUAUUCAGAACUUUCGAGGGAGGAUCAAAAAGAUUUUAAACAGACUAGAUAUGCUGUUGCAGAUGUCCUUAUUGAUGCAGCCCUAGUUUUAGGCGGUGAUGCUACACUGAGGAUUCUUUAUGUGAAACUUGUUGAGGCUGUAAGUUGCUUUGGAAAUAAUGAGCACACUGAUUGGCGUCCGGCAGAAGCUGCUUUGUAUGGUAUACGAGCAAUAUCAGAUUAUGUUUCUGUUGUUGAAGGAGAAGUGAUGCCCCAGGUCAUGUCUUUGCUUCCAAAACUUCCUCAUCAACCACAACUGCUACAGACAGUAUGCUUAACAAUUGGAGCUUACUCAAAAUGGCUUGAUGCUGCACCAAGUGGACUUUCAUUCUUGCCCGCACUCAUAGACAUUCUUGUUAGUGGCAUGAGCAUGUCAGAGGAUUCGGCGGCUGCUGCUGCUUUGGCAUUUCGACAUAUAUGCGAUUACUGCAAGAAAAAGCUCCGUGGGUCCUUAGAUGGCCUCUUUCAAAUAUACCAAAGGGCUGUGAUUGGGGAGACUGCCUUCAAGGUUUCUGCUGAAGAUUCAUUAAAUUUAGUAGAAGCUCUAAGUAUGGUUAUCACAGAACUUCCUUCGGAACAUGCUAAGAAAGCCCUCGAGGCAUUAUGCUUGCCAGAUGUCACCCCCUUGCAGGAUAUUAUUAACCAAGGGCCUUUGGUGCUGGGGCAAAAGCCUGCUCGUGACCUAACGGUUCAUAUAGAUCGACUUGCAAAUAUUUUUAGACAUGUAAAUCACCCGGAAGCUGUUGCAGAUGCAGUCCAAAGACUGUGGCCUAUCUUCAAACCCAUUUUUGACCUUCGUGCUUGGGAUAUGCGGUCCAUGGAAUCUCUUUGCCGGGCAUGUAAAAAUGCUGUGAGGACUUCUAAAACGCUCAUGGGAGUUACAGUCGGUGUGAUGCUAGAGGAGAUACAAGGACUAUACAAGCAGCAUCACCAGCCAUGCUUCCUUUAUCUCUCCAGUGAAGUUAUCAAGAUGUUUGGGUCUGAUCCCUCUUGUACAGACUACUUAAAGAACCUGAUCGAAUCUCUCUUUAGCCAUACGACGUGUGUGCUGACGAAAAUUCAGGACUUUACUUCUCGACCUGACAUAGUAGAUGAUUGUUUCUUGUUGGCAUCUAGAUGUAUACGAUAUUGUCCUCAAUUAUUUUUCUCAUCUCCCGUAUUUCCCUCCUUGGUGGAUUGUUCAAUGAUAGGCAUCACAGUACAACACAGGGAGGCCUCCAAGUCCAUAUUGAAUUUCCUAUCCGAUGUGUUUGAUCUUGCAAACUCUAGUCAAGGGAAGGGUUACCUAUCUAUCAGGGACAGCGUCAUUAUCCCAAGAGGGGCCAUUAUCACCCGACUUCUUAUUGGUGCUCUGACUGGAGCACUUCCUAGUUCUCGACUAGAAACGGUAACAUAUGCUCUAUUAGCUCUGGUUCGAGCUUACAGAGUACAAGCUCUUGAGUGGGCAAAGGAGAGCAUCUCCUUAAUUCCGUCAACUGCUGUUACGGAAGUCGAAAAAUCAAGAUUUUUGAAAGCAUUGUCGGAUGCGGCAUCUGGGGCGGCUAUCAAUGGGGUGAUGAUUCCAAUCGAAGAACUCUCGGAAGUUUGUCGUCGCAAUCGAUCAGUUCAAGAGAUUGUUCAAGGAGCCUUGAGACCCUAUGAGUUGAACAUAGCCCCUGUAUCAUAGUGGAGAGAGAGAUAAAGAAGGGCACUUUUUUUUCAGCCCUUAUGUCUUUGAGUUUGAGGCUAUUUUACUUGAUUGGUCAUCAUUUGCCAAAUUAUAUAGGUUGAAACGGGGGAGAGAGGGGGUUGUAUUGUCUUGGUUUUGCAAGUUAUACUAGUAUAAAAUCUGUAAGAAGAUCAAAUCAUCUUUGGCUUGGUCAAUUUUUUCUGAGGCAAAAUCAGUUUUGGGUCAUAUUUGGGUUUCAGUGUAAUGACUUUGUGAGUUGUGAUAUACCUUUCUUCAUUUUUA